AUGGAAGCAGCACCUGGUUCUUCCGCCGCUCUUCGCGGCCAGCUAGCAGACAUGGGAUUUAGGGAAGCGGAAAGCAUAGUGGGAAGUAGGUCGGGCACGGGGGGCGAAGGGCGGGAUCAGCAGUCAGCGAUGGUACUGGCGGCGGUGGCGGAGUCGAUAGAGAUGCUGCGCACGGCGGGCAGCGAUGCGGACGAGAAGGAGCGCGUCGCUAUGCAGCUCAGCCAGCUGGCGGAGACCAGCGUGGAUGCGCGCGCGGCCAUCGGCUACCACGCGCAGGCCAUUCCGCUGCUCGUGGGACUCGUGCGCUCGGGUACGUUGCCUGCGCGCACGCAUGCGGCGGCAACUUUGGGGGCGAUCUGCGACGAGCAGGAGCUGCGCGUGAAGGUGCUGCUGGGGGGUUGCAUUCCGCCCAUGCUGGCGCUGCUGCGCAACGGCCCCAAGGACUCGCAGAUGGUGGCGGCGGAGGCGCUCUUCGCCAUGUCCAAGGCGGGCUCCGGGCGCGAUGCCGUGGGGUCGCGCAUCUUCGCGUCGGAGGGCGUGGUGCCGGCGCUGCUGCAGCAGCUGCAGAAGCACGCGGGCAUCCACCCGGACGUGCUGGGGCUCGUCACGGGCGCCAUGCGCAACCUGUGCUACGCCGUGCCGGGAUUCUGGCGCACGGUGGAGGCGGCGGGCGGCGUGGAGAUCUUCACGAGCAUGCUCUCCAUGGGGCGCCCCGCCACGCAGGAGAACGCCGCCGCGCUGCUCACCAGCUUCCUCACCAGCCCCUACCUCGCGCACCCCAAUGCGGCCGCCGCCGCCGCGCAGCAGCAAGCCAAGGGCAAGACUCCAGCGGCAACAGUGGCGGCAGCAGCGGCGGCAGCGGCGGCGGCAGCCAUGGAGGGCGGAGAAGGGCUGGAGGAGGCGGCGAAGGCGGCGGCGAGAGUGGUGGAGGCUGGAGCCAUUCCGCCGCUCCUCGCGCUGCUGCAGCCGGGUAGGGAAGUGGCGGUCAGGACAGAGGCGGCUGGGGCGCUGCGCGCAAUCUCAGCAGUACAUGUGGCGGCUCGGGAGAAGAUUGCGGCGGCUGGGGGAGUGGGCAUGCUGAUCCGCGCGACGAUGGCGCCGUCGGCGGAGAUGAUGCAGACGGGGUACGCGCAGGUGCUGCAGGAGAACGCCAUGGGCGCGCUCGCCAACAUCGCGGGCGGCAAGGCGGAGGUCGUCGCGUCGCUGGCGGCGGCCGUGAGCAGCGCGCACUCGGAUCGCGAGCUGGCGGACAACAUCGGCGCGCUGGCGUACGCGCUGAUGGUGCUGGACGACGACGACGACGACGACGGCGCGGCGGACGACGGCGAGGGCGGGGAUGGCGGGAGCGGAAGCAAGGUGGACGCGGAGGGCAUCGAGCGCGCGCUGGUGGAGAAGCUGAGCCCGCUGCGGCCGGCGUCGGCGCUGGUGCAGGAGCGGUCGAUCGAGGCGCUGGCGAGUCUGUACGGCAACAGCGUGGUGGCGCGCGGGCUGAGCAACGCGGAGGGCAAGCGCAUGCUGGUGGGGCUCGUGACGCUGUCGCCCACCGACGCGCAGGCGGAGCUGGUGGAGGCGCUGUUCAACGUGUGCGUGCAGGGCGCGCCGCUGUGGAGCGCGCUGCACGGGCGCGAGGGCGUGCUGCAGCUGGUGGGGCUGCUGGGGCUGUCGACGGAGGACCAGCAGGAGUGCGCGUGCGCGCUGCUCGCCAUCCUCUCGCACGAGGAGGACGAGAGCAAGUGGGCCAUCACCGCCGCGGGGGGCAUUCCCCCGCUCGUCUCGCUGCUGGGGACAGGCACCGCCAAGGCCAAGGAGGACGCUGCGGAGUUGCUGGGUAACCUGUGUUCCUACAACGAGGAUAUUCGCGCGUGCGUGGAGACGGCGGACGCGGCCCCCGCGCUGCUGCAUCUGCUGGGCAGCGGGUCGGAGAGGGGUCAGGCGGCGGCAGCGCGCGCUCUCAUGCGCCUGGUAUCGGGCGGCAGCAGCGGCGCGAGCAGCGCGAUCGGGCAGCUGACGGGCAUUCUGGUGGCGGAGGUGCCGGAGUCCAAGGUGCACGUGCUGCGCGUGCUGGGCCAGCUGCUCGCCGACUCGCCCGACGCCGCCCACGACGGCACCGCGGCAAACGAGGCGCUUCAGACGCUCGUCGCGCUCGUCGAGUCGGAGCGCGAGGAGACGCAGGAGAGCGCGGCGGCGGUUCUGGCGAAUCUGUUUGCGGCGCGGGAGGAUUUGCGCGAGGGGCCGGUGGCGGCGGAGGCGAUUCCCCCCCUGGUGCGGCUGGUGGACGACGGCGGCGAGCCCGUGGCCAUGCAGGCAGCGCGCGCGUUGGCGGCGCUGUUCUGCUCCAUCGACAGCAACGAGGAGGCGGCGCACGCGGCGAGGGCGAGCAUCUUCCCGCUGGUGAAGCUGGCGCGCGCGCGCGAGAUGGCGGUGGCGGAGGUGGCGACGACGGCGCUGGCGAACCUGCUGGCGAACCCCGAGCUGGCGCUCAUGGCGCCCGCGGACGAGGUCGUGCUGCCGCUCUCGCGCCUGCUGCGCGAGGGCACGCCGCACGGCAAGGAGCACGCGGCGGGCGCGCUGGCGCACCUGCUGCACUCGCGCGCGCUGGACGAGGAGCUGGCGGAGAGCAUCCGCCAGUGCAGCACCGUGCUCGCGCUCGUCGCGCUGCUCGCCGUCGGCGCCAGCGAGGACGCGUCCAUGGCGGCGCUCGAGGCGCUGGCGGCGCUGGCGCGCGCCAAGGCGCACAACUGGGGCGGGCAGGCGCCGCUGGCGGUGCUGUCGGAGGUGCCGUACUCGAUGGGUCCGCUGGUGGCGGUGCUGGCGGGGGGCACGGCGGGCAUGCAGGAGAAGGCGGUGGAGGUGCUGUCGCGGCUGUGCAAGGACCAGCCCGUCACGCUGGGCGACAUGAUCGCCGGCACCGACAACUGCGUCGCCGCGCUCACCGCGCGCAUCACAGAGGCGGAGAGCCUGGAGGUGAAGGUGGGCGGCACGGCGCUGCUGAUCUGCGCGGCGAAGGAGCACCGCGCGGCGACGAUGGCGGCGAUGGAGGCGGCGGGAACGCUGCAGGCGGUGGUGCGGUGCCUCGUUGACAUGCUUGCAGCGCAGCAGCAGUCGCGCGAGCAGCAGCAGGCGGAGGAGGGCGACGGGGAGGCAUCGGCGGAGGCGCUGGUGAGCAGCGUGGCGUUGUGGCUGCUCGCCGUCAUGGCGUCGCACGACCACCCCACGCGCGCGCUCGUCGCCGCCGCGGGCGCCGUCGACGUGCUGGUGGACCGCCUCUCCGCGCUGUCGGCGGACGGGGAGGAGGCGGACGACCUGGGGAUGGAUGGGGACGGCGCGGAAGGGGGAGACAGCGGGGGGGCGUGGGUGUGCGCGUUGCUGCUGGCGGUGCUGUUCUGCAAUCGCGACGUCGUGCGCUCGCCCGUCGCGCUCAGGGCCAUUCCGCCGCUCGCUUCGCUGCUCACCUCGCCCGACCCCUCGCAGCGCUACUUUGCAUCGCAGGCCGUCGCGUCGCUCGUGGCGAGCGGCAGUCGCGGCACGCUGCUCGCCAUCGCCAACAGCGGCGCCAUCCCGCUGCUGCUCGCGCUGCUGGGCCGCGCAGAGGCGGACGUGGCGCACCUGCGCGCGCUGGCGGACGACUUCGAGCUGGCGGGCAGCCCGGAGCAGGUGGCGCUGGAGAAGCUCUUCCGCUGCGACGACAUCCGCGCGGGCCGCCACGGCAGCGUGGUGGUGCCGCAGCUGAUCGCGCUGCUCACGCCCAACGCCGACCAGCCCAGCGCGCCCGCCGUCGCCAUCGGCCUGCUCACGCAGCUCGCGGCCGGCAGCAGCGCGAACCGCGUCGCCAUGGCGGACUACCGCAUCCUCGAGGCGCUCACCACGUACCUCACGCUCGGCCCGCAGGUGCGCCGCGCGCUUCCCCCCCUUGCGUUGCCUCCCCCCUGUUGCUUGAUAUCCUCGAGCUUCGCACAUUCCACCCCACCUGUGCUGCUGCCUCCUCACCCCCUCAUCACUCAUUCCCCAAUGCCCAUCCAACCCCACGCGCCCUUACUUCCCCUCUCCCCCGUGCAGGAGGCGAUGGAGGCGGCGGCGGUGGAGCUGCUGCGGGUGCUCUUCCAGGCGGACGACCUGCGCGUGCACGCCGCCGCGCCCGCCGCCAUGGACCAGCUCGUCGCCGUGCUCCGCGUGGGCUCCCGCGCCGCGCGCCUGCCAGCAGCAUCGGCGCUGGAGGCGCUGUUCGCCGUCGACGCGCACCGCGCCAGCGACGCGGCGCUGCACGCGCUGCACCCGCUCGUCGACAUGCUGGGCAGCGGGGCGGGCGCGGAGGCUGCUGGCGGGGCUGCUGGAGGCGGCGCUGUGGAGGCGGAGCAGCGGGCGGCAGCGGCGGCGCUGUGCCAGCUGGCGCAGGGCAACGUGGGGCGCGUGCUGCAGGCGUGCGAGGAGGGCGGCAUCCCCCUCAUGGCCACCAUCCAGCGCCUGCUUGAGGCGCCCGACAAUCAGCCAGCUGGCGGAAGCGGCGGGUACGACAAGGCGGCGGCGGAGGUGAAGGCGACGGCGGUGGAGCUGCUGCAGACGCUCUUCUCCUUCCCUCGCGCUCGCUCGGGCCCCGUGGCCGCCGCGCUGAUCCCGCCGCUGGUGGUGCUGCUGCUGCACCCGUCGCCGUCGCUGCAGUACCGUGCGGCGGGCGCCGUGGACGCGGUGAUGGACGACGAGCAGCAGGCCAACGUGGUGGCCUCAUGCAGCGCCGUGGCGCCGCUCGUGAGCCUGCUGGAGGGCGAGCGGCACGGGCUGCACGCGGCGGCCAGUAGUGCGCUGUUCAAGCUGGCCAAGGACCGGCGGCAGUGCAAGCUGGACAUGGCGGCGGCGGGCGUCAUCGAGCGCAUCAUUGCCAUCUUCCCCUCCGCGCCGCUCGCCCUCUGCUCGCUGCUGGCGGAGCUGCUGCGCGUGCUCACCAACAACUCCACCAUCGCCAAGGGCGCCGCCGCUGCGCGCCUCGUGGGGCCCGUGUUCGCCAUGCUGCGCCACGCGGAGCUGUCCCCUGCGGCGCAGACAAGUGCGCUGCAGGCGCUGGUGAACGUGCUGGAGAAGCCCGGCCGCCUGGAGGCGCUCGACCUGCCGCCCAGCGACGCCAUGGAGCCGCUCGUGCCGCUGCUGCUCUCGCCGUCGCUGGUGGUGGCGCAGCUGGCGGCGGGGCUGCUGGCGCACGUGCUCACGCUGGAGGCCUUCCACAGUGACGGCAUCACCGCCGCCGCCGCCGCCCCGCUGGUGAGGCUGCUGGGCAGCGAGCUGGAGUCGCUGCGCACCGAGGCCCUCAAGGCGCUCGAACUCGUGUCCGCCUGCUGGCCGGGCGCCAUCGUGGAGGCGGGCGGCAUCGACGAGCUGUCUCGCCUGGUGGCGACGGCGCCGCACCCGAUGUGGCAGAUGGCGGCGACGGUGCUGGCGAACGUGCUGCGCGCGCAUGACAAGUGCGCGGUGCAGGUGCCCGUGCCCGUGCUCGUGCGCCUGCUCAUGGCCAACACCGAGCCCGUGCAGGUCGUCGCGCUCUCCGCGCUGCUGGCGCUGGAGCGCGAGGACCCGGCGCGGGGGGACGAGAUGGCGCGCAUGGGCGUGGUGGACGCGCUGCUGGAGCUGCUGCGCUGCCACCAGGUGGAGGAGGCGGCGGCGCGCCUGCUGGAGGCCAUCUUCAACAACGCGCGCGUGAGGGACUCGCAGACGGCGCUGCGCUCCAUCGCACCGCUGGCGUCGUACCUGCUGGACCCCAACUCCGCCGACCCCAACGCCAAGCUGCUGGCGGCGCUGGCGCUGGGCGACCUCUUCCAGGAGACGAGCGUGGCGCUCAAGACGGUGGACCUCACGGGCGCAUGCCGCGCACUCGUGGCGCUCAUGGCGGAGCGCGCGAGUGAGGACCUGGUGAUGGUGGCGCUGUGCGGGCUGCAGAACCUGGUGGCAUCGUCGCGCGCCAACAAGCGCGCCGUGGCGGACGCGGGCGGGUUCAGCGUGCUGGUGGAGCUGCUGACAGGCGGGUCGGCGGAGGUGACGUCGCAGGCCGCCAACCUGGUGCGGCUGAUGCUGAACAACCACACGGUGCAGGAGUACGCGACGCCGGAGCUGGUGUCGUCCAUGACAGGCGUGAUCGAGCGUGAGCUGUGGAAGACGGCGAGUGUGAACGAGGAGGUGCUGCAGGCCAUCGAGGGGCUGCUCGCCACCUUCUCCCGCCUGCGCUUCAGCGAGUGCGCCACGGCCGCCAUCCCCGUGCUGGUGGGCGCCAUGAAGGUGGGCAGCGAGGUGGCGCAGGAGACGGCACUGAACGUGCUGUGGCUGCUGCGGCAGGGGUGGGCGCAGAGCAAGGAGAUGGCGCGGCUGCAGUCCAUAGCCAUGGGCGACACCAUCCCCGUGCUGCAGCUCAUGCUGCGCUCCGGCCCCAUCAACCUGUACGAGAAGGCGGAGACGCUGCUGUCCGUGCUGCCGGGCAGCCUGUCGGUGUGUGUGAAGCGCGGCUCCAACCUCAAGGCGUCCAUGGGCGCCACCAACGCCUACUGCAAGCUCACGCUCGCCGACACCCCCGCCAAGGUCACCAAGGUCAGUCACUCACUGCACACGGCGCGACGCCCAGGGGCAGCGGGCGGGGCACAUGGGGUGGUGAGCGGCACGUGUGACCCCGAGUGGAAGCAGACCUUCACAUGGCCGCUGGACGCCCCUCCACGCGGGCAGAACCUCCACAUCUCGUGCAAGAACAAGGGCACCAUCGGCACCAGCUCACUGGGCAAGGCGACGAUACAGAUAGACCGGGUGGUGGCGCUGGGGAUGGUGUCCGGGACAUACGUGCUGCAGCCAGAGGGCAACCGAGACGGCACGCAGCGCACCAUCGAUGUCGACUUCAUCUGGUCCAACCGCUGA